UUUGUCUCACAUAGUGCCAUAUCCAUGGUAACCAAAUGAAGACAAGUUUGCAUUACUUCCUUAGUAAGUGUAAUCCUUCCCCUGGUACAUGUGCCAAAGAGGCAUGCAGAGUUAAAGGGACAGCGAUAUAUUUCUUGGAAAUGAAAGCAACUGAAACAACUUCUGGAUUUUGCUGCUUCUUUUUUUUGCUUUCCCCCCAACCCCACCUUGUUUCAGUUAUCGAUGCCCUGACUUCUCCACCUUCUCUUUCCCAUCCUGUCUUCUUCCUUUUUUCUAGAGUUCCCAUCGUUAAAAACUAGACUAGUCCUGAUUUCUGCUUUUCCUUUGCCUGGAGGCUAAACAAACAUUCACCCAUAUGAACUAGCAACUUAAACACUAGUUCUUGGCAAGCAGCCUUUCCUUGCCCUUCCUGGUAUCUUUGGGAAAAAAAAAAAAAAAAGGGGGGUGGAAAACCAAGCCAAGAACACCAGUUCUUGUCCUCCAGUUUUUCAGACGUUGGGUCUGUGGCAAAGAAGAGGCACAGAUGCACCAGUCUGCAAUUAUUUCAUUAAAUUAACAGCUGGAUCAAGCCAUACAGUCUGUCUACAAGUGAUGAUAAACCACAAGGCCAAGAGCAGGCAGUUUCGUUGUCAGUACUAGAAAUGGUGCAAAUGACUAUGCAAAACUACAGAAGGUUCCUGCAAGAGUUUUCAGAAAGUCCAGUUAUGUCAAGAUGCAGCAGUCUCAGUUCUUCCCAGUCACUCGUUGGUGCAUCUCAGAGCAUCACCGAAUGGCUGGUGCUCUGGGAAAAGGAUCCGGUGGAGAUUCUUCUUGAUUUGGGGUUUGGUACAGAAGAACCUGAUGUCUGCACUAAAAUCCCUUCUCGAUUCCUCAGUGGUGCUUCUGUAGCAAAAGGAAUCAACAUCCGAGUCUUUUUGGAAGCUCAGAAACAGCGUAUGGACAUUGAGAGACCAAAUCUAUAUGAACGUUUUCGACAGCUGGAACUAUUUGACCAUGUAACCAGUGCCCUCUCGUCUUUGCUGACCAACGUCAACACCCAACAGACCCAAGUAAAGGAUGGCAGCGGGGAUGAGAUCGACCUCUUGGACUCUGCAAGGAGCAGACCUGCGGUCACACAAGCAAAGCAGAGAAGAAUAGGCCAACUUCUAAAGAAGGCUUCUCAGCAAACAGCACUGCUGAAACAGGAUUCACUGGCACCUGGGGAAGCCAACUUGUCCAGCAAGAAAGCGCAAUAUCAUUCUUGUGCAGAUACUGCUGAGAGAGAAAUAGUCCAGGCGGGCUUUUCUGCUUGUGUUAUGCCAGAUUGUCUGACCCCAGUGCAAACCUACAGAGAUGAAGGUCCCUCAGCAUAUCCCACAUCCCAGCAUCCACUGACUCCACGGAGGAAAACCUGGGCUUCAUUGCACCUGGCUGCUAAACAGCCCCACCUUUCUCUGUCGUGUGAGGUGCCUGCCAAAGAGAAGCCAAGAAAGGAGCCACCUUUGCUUGUGGCCCACACAUUCACAAAAGUGGCUGACCUAAAUUGCAAGUCGCCAGACUCAUUUGAAAUGGAAGAGAUUCAGAGUUUUGAGGAUGAAACUCCAUGUGGAAAUGCGCCUGAUACCACUUCAGCAGAGGUGUUGGUGACAAGAACAAGCAGCUGCCAGUCAGACAGCAGUGGGUUCAUGGAGGAGCUGCCAGAACCUGUAGUUUUGCAAAAUGCAUCUCUCUCAAGGAAGAUUAAUUUUAUUUCUUAUAUCCAUAACCAAGAAACAGCUCUGUCAGACAGGACAGAGUUUGCAAUGUUAAGUCAAGAUUUUCAACAAAAGCUAGAUGAUCGUGUUGCUAAGGUCUUCGUCACAGCUUGUGAGAGCAUUUUGACAGUACCUGAGUCAACAAAAAGAGGCAGUGACCAGGGAGAAGAGACUCAUCUGCUGCUAACUGCAGAAAAUGGAGAGUAUGAGGCCUGUAAUGCUGAACCACAGAGUUUUGUACAAGAAAUCUUAUGUGACAUGGACAGGAAAGAGGAUAAAAUUGGAAGAAAGCAACUGGAAAAAGAGAAGUGCAUAAAAGAGCAUAGCUUUUGUUUUCAGAGUGAUACUCAGAAUAAAGGAGAUCCUAUCUCCUCAAAAUUUGAUCAUUUGUAUUUUAAAACGGGACACAAAACAAUGAAUGCAGCCUUCACUGAACUGAUUGAUUUUAACUCUGCAGACAUCAGUGAGAGCAAAAUCAGAGGUGAAGAUGAAUGUGAGAGGUGCCUGACCGAAAAGGAUGUUGGAGUUACAUGUCAUGAAAAUGCCCAUGGAGGUCACAAAGAGCAUGUUAAAGGACCACGGUUGGGUAUGGAAGUAGUCAACAAAGAUGGUACCCUGCUUGCGGUGAACAAGGUGACAAAUGAUCAGAAGUUCUGCAAAAUGGAUGGUGAUUCAAAAAAUACAAGAUGCUCCUCCAAAACAGAGCUCCUAGAAACUCCACAGCAGGGCUCAGCAGCGCAAAGCAGGAGCAGUGCCAGUUCAUGCUGUUCUCCACAAGUAUCUUGGAGACAUCUCACCUGCCUAGCAGAAGGGCCUCGAUUAAGUUUAUCUGUAGAUCAAAAGACUGGUAGUAUAGGGAAGAUGUUAGGUGCUAACGAAUCAGAACAGGGAGACACCAUCCAAAACAAUGAAAUGGCUUCUGCUCCUCUGAAAUCUGUUACUGUUCAGAUGUUUUCAGGGCUGGAGUUUACUUCAAGGGUGAAACGCACAGGGCAAAAUGCUCCUUUCAGUGACACCCUUGCUAGGGAAGAUUCUGUGGACUCCUCUGACGAUGAUUCUCUCAGAAAGUCAGACCCAGGGGCUUCAAAGGAUGGCGUGAAGCGGACCACUGAAGCUUCCAGCCAAACUGACAUCUGUACCAGGAAACCCAGGUGGCCACCACUGUGUCACCCACCCCAUGCUCACCUGACAAAAUCAGCCUCUCUUGACACUGUGCUUUCUGGCAAAUACAGGCCAUACUACUGGAGUGAAGCCUCUGACAUCCAGGCUGCGCAGGGCAGUCACUGCUGUCACUGCUGCUGCUGCUGCCAUGGCUGCUGCCCGUGGACCUUCUCUGUGCCUGUCUCUCCCCAGCACCCUGUGGGCUGCUGCUCAAACCGUGCCCCCACCGAGCUGCAGGUCUUGAAAACACUGAUGCUCCUACAGGAUGCUGCAACAUGUGAUCUUGUUCCGUGUAACAUUCAUGAAAUAGAAGUGAUGAAGAGCUCCUGCCAGCACUUCCAGGAGAAGCUGGACGAGAUUGAACAGCACCUGACCGAACAGCAGGUGCUGUUUGCCAGCAUGAUGCCAGAUGAAGAAAGAGAGGAAGGUAGACACCUGCAACUCUUACGGCGAGCCGUUCGUCAGGAGGUUGCAGAGCUGGAAUUUCGGCUGAAUGAUCAAGCCUGCCAGGUCAGGGAGGGCAUCCUCAUGCAGCUGGACCAAUUACUGGCAGAACAAUCCCAUCUGUUUUCCGAGCUCGGACUCUCUGAUUGGAGUGGAGAAAGAAAAGCCCAGAAUGAACAAGCAUUUCCAGAUGCUGCUGACAUUGUGCAUCCCCAAAGUGGGUGCUCAGAAAUGGUGCUCCAAAGAGCUCCUAGCAAAAACACCACAGCAACAGAAGAAAUCUUUACAAAAUUCUUCAGAUAAUGAUGAUUGAGAAGAAGGAAACGACUGAUGGAGGACAGACUGAUGGAUUUGUGGCCUUUUUCCUGAAAUACACGGUAUAUUACAGAAACAAAUGAACACAACAUUGCAUUAUAGAUAAGUUGUAAUCACAGCAGUUUCAUUUGCAAUGAGAUAACUUGCCAGAAACCCAGUCCUUUUUAAAGGAUAUUUUAAAGAGAGGUGCUAUGUAUUUUGCUGUUCUGUGAUCACAAAAUUUACUACACUACUAUUAGCAGUCACAUGGGAUAGGGCUGUUCUUUGCAAAGUCCUUUAAAAGGAAGAGGAGACGGCUUAUUUUUGAGAAGAAACUUAAGAACUUGUAGAUAGCCCAGGAAAUACCACUAGAAGAUAUUCUCAUAGCCAGUUAUUUUGAUACAGUCCUUUAACCAAUACUAAUCCUCAUGCCCAAACUACCUUGUAGAGUCCUACCCACUUUCUAGCUUUAACUUGCUACUAAGUUGCCUCUGACUAAUUUUGUGAGGCUUUUAUCUACUGUCAGUAUCAAAUCAGAAGCUCACUGAUAGUGUAUAUGUUAAACACCUGCUCGGUCAAAAUAUUACUAUGGAUAGUCUCCUGGCUGUCUUCUUCCUUUUCGUAUUUGCAUCACAUAAAACAAAUUAAAACCAAAAUGAGAUUAGAAACACAGGAUUUUCUACAUUAUAAACCUUGAAUUAGAAUCUUGGUUCAGUUUGCUGGGGAGUGUGCAGAGCCUGGAUUCAUGCAGAGAACGUCAUGAGAAAAGACCUCUCAGGUUUGGAUCACAGUAAAGAAAUUCAACUAGUUCAUUUUCAAAGCAGUGCAGUUUGUACUGCUGCUUUCAAUUUAGCACUUCCCAGACUGUGGGAUGUCCUACUGGCUUGUUUGUUUAAUGCUCUGGAGGGACCUUAGGUGUCAUUUAGGUUUUGGUGUUGCAAAUCACAGCUCUGCAAAGGUGCAAACAGAAGUAGCAUUUGCACAUGUUUAAGGAGAAAAUGGAGUCAAACAUGCUGAGCAGCCUCGAGGCUCCCUGCACCUCCACAUUUCCACAGAUGUUCAGGGUAAUAAAAUGAUUGGGGGAGAGAGGUACAUAACAUAGGAACUGACAAGAUCCUCCACAGCCUGCUGGGCCAUGAAUUUUACUGGUUGAAAUUUGCCCCUUUCUUGAGACCCCGCAUGGGAUUUGUAAACCACUUCCACACUAUCAAGAGUUUAAGAGUUUAUACAUCGAGAUUUGUGAUUGUAACGGUAUCUCCAGGCAGCAUGCAAGCAGGACCAAAGCAUCCUUCACCUCAGUUUUAGUGGAACAAGCAAUAAAUUUGGCUUAGUAUUUUCUCUCUCCACUGGCUUAUGAACCACAUUUGCAGAUGUUGUACCUCAGUUUGUGGAGGAAGGCAAAUAGAAAGCAUGGUGAAGGAUGUACAAUGAUACCAGCAUUGAAAGUCUCCUGGGAGAGAGGAUGGCUGAGAAACUUCCUUACCUCAGCUGCACCAGGGCUGUGAUUCCUUCCAUGAAGCAAGAUGUCUUUUGCAAGUGUCACUGCAGUAUGAUGCUUAAAAGCUCUGUGGUUACAUGAUGCUGCAACCAUUCUCUGCCAGUCUUAUAUCCAUGUGCACAGAAGAUGCUAUUGGCAGGUGACAGCUAUUCUUGAUUACAAAGAUCAUGUGGGACCUCUGUUGCCAUUUGCAUUCUAGCACUUGUAUUCUCAACCAGGACUGAACCUGACUCUUACUAACAAAACCUGUUUAAUAGCCUCUAGAUGACUGGUAUGUGCAAUCCUAUUCCUCAUUUCAAUGUAAUUAUAGAAUAAUGUUGUGCAAGCUAUGGACAAACUAGGGUUCCUCCAUAUGCAACAUUUAGACACCCACAAAUACUGUUAACUUGAACUUAUUUGCAUUUAUAGCUAGAUAACAUUUCAAGCCCUCAAUGUUUUUUUAACAGUUAAGCUGUAACAUUGUAGCAAUAAAAAAACAUACCAAACAAUGGGAAAUUUAAAAAAAAAUCUUCUGACUUAUCUUAGAGCACAACAAGUGAUAUUUCACUUCAUAACUCCUCCAAACAUGUUGCAGGGAUGGCUGGGCUAAGAAUCGUAAUGCUGCUCUUGGGAGAGAAAGGAACACACACCCUAAUUUUGUGAUCAGGAAGGUCUGGGGAUAGCAUGGUAAGCACAGGAGCCAGCUGUGCACCCACUUAACCUCACAGUAUUACCAACCUUUUAAACUCCCAUUUAUUUCCCUUUAGGGCAGUCAUAAGCAAAUAAGGUGGGAAUCUUAAUUAUAAGUCCACAGAAUUAAUGAAAUAAUAACAUAUCUGAAUGAGCAUCAUAAUUACUCUAUCUAGCUAGAACCAUACAAAUUAGCUUGCAGGCUUACAAGGCAGCAGGUCAUAUCUGUGAGUGGGAGUGGGCUACAAUACUUAUGAAAAGCAUUAGCGCUGGGCAGUUUGCAAGUUUUUAAUCUGAAGAAAACUGACCCUGUGACACUGCAGGACUUCUGACAAAGACAAAAAAACAAAAACAAAACAAACAACAAAAAAACACCCCACAAACCCACCGGAAGUAAGUAUUUGAGCAAGAGGCUGUUUCCCUCCUGAUUCCACCUCUCCAAAACUGAAAUAAGUAGAACAAUUGGCUCUGGCUCUGUUUCACAGGACUAUUGAGGCCCCACAAAGGUCCAUUCAAUGUAGAAGACACGUGCUAAGGAAAAGGGUAAGAUGUUGCGGCAGAAUGCAACCCCCCUCCCUCCUUCAGUAUGGCACAUCUCCCUCUUUCUCUGUUACUUGAGGCUAACAGCUUCUUUUGUUUGGCCCAGAGCACCCUGGCUCCUGGGACAUUAGAAGAAGGGAGUGCCAAGGCACACUGAGCCGCGCACAGUGUGGGGGAUGUUUGGAGGCUUCAGGGGCACCCACAGACAGUGUAGGGGUGCAGAGAAGCUUCUAGAGUGCCUACAGUCAGAUCUGAUCAGUCAGAUAAAAACGGGACUCUUGUCGAGACCCAGCCCAUUUUGUGUGGGGGUCUCUCGGAGUACAAGCUUAGCCACUGCCGCCAGGAGAGCCCCCCGUCCCUGGGAUGGAGACUCCGCUUGCCUCGCCGCCACGGGUGUAAGUAAAACUUCUCGCAGGAUUGCGAGUAUAUUUAUACUUUUCGUGCACAUAUACACGUAUAACUUUCCGCGCUCCAUAUGAGCGCGUGUAAAAUUAAUCCUCGCAGAAUCACGGGUGUAUUUUCUUUCCGUGCACAUUUGCACAAGUACUUUAUUUCCUCGCACAAUCGCGAGUGGCCGCCGAGAGCCCCUCGCAGAAUCGCGAGUGCACACUUUCUGUACUCACUACGAGUACGUGUUUCUCUUUAAAAAUAAUCCCGCACCGUGUUCAGGCAAGUGUGUACUCCUCCGGGACUCAGGGACGGCUCCGGCAUUGUCUUGGUGAAGCCACGUGCAUGCACUCUGUGGACCUCCUGUUGUAUUAGUGGCUGCCCCUCUCAAUAAUUUUCCUCAACUGAUAUCCGAACCUGUAUUUAAGUCACUUUUGGAGUGCUAAAACCCUGUUUUUCACCGGUUCAAUAAAAGUUGUUUUUGGACCUUGUUGUCCCUUAAAUUGACCUGUGGGGUGCCUCCGUGACAGAUGUAUAAUGUGUAGGUAUGCUACAGCAGUGGUUCUCCAUGCUAUCCAGUGCUCUUUCAGCAUCUCUUCCCUGCAGAAACCUAAAACUGUCAUCUGAAACCCUUGUAACUCUCUGUUAUGGACUCAGCACUGCCUUUGCCCUGGUCACAGUUUCUGGAAGAGAAGUGCAACAUAAAGCCUCACCAAAGUAGGAGCGAUGAAAGAACAGGGGAAGCAAGGGCAAGCCAAUUAAACAAUGUUUCCCUAACAAAGACAGAAGAUUCAGAAACUAAUGAUUGCUUUUGCCCACCCUAGUUCAGUAGCAAUUUGUUUCACUUGGAUUUUACUUAUUUUUGUCAUUGUCUUUUGCCUUCAUUUGUUUUCCCUGAUGCCCCAUAAAUCUUUAAACCCUGAAGCUAAAAGAGGCUGCAUUGUGCACCGGCUUGAAUAUUGAUUUUGCUAGAGAGUAUAAAAUCUAUAGAGAUAAUAAGGAAAUCCAUCUAAGGUACCCUGCCAAGGGCUCCCAUUAGUUGCUUUACCAGGCAUCAAUUCAAUAAACCCUCGAGAGCAGCGCAUGAAUAAACAUCAGAGUCUCUCUAGCAUGUUAAUGCAUCAGUUGUCUAAUUGUCAAUGUUGCCAACAGAUUCCAAGAAAAGUAGCAUCAUGGGAGUUCAGCCCCUUCCAACCUCAAAUCCAAAGAAGAUUUGACACUGUCUUAGAAGAAGGCAGGGCUCAGGAGCGGGGUUGUGACGGCCAAAUAAUAUGGGUACGGCUGCUUUUGGGGUGGUGCCGACCUCCCGCUGGAAGCGCAGCCCAUCUCUGUGCAACCUGGGUGUGCUGCCUCCUUAUUGCAUCCUGGUGCAUGGUGAUGGGGUGCCCCAGGUCAGGCUCAGGGCUUUCCCUGUGCAGAGCUGGAAUUUGUGUUUGAAAAAAAGAGACCCUCAAUUUUUGGCCUCAAGCCAUAGGAAUAAACUUGUUCUGAGCUGCUACAUAUGAAUUACUUUGUCCUCUAGGGCUGUCGGUGAGCCUGGGUGGCAAGAACGUGGGGUCUUAUUGCAGGCUCUACCAUGUGUUUUCCCUGUGACCAGGGCCUUUUUCUUUACCCCAUGGGGACUCUUAUUCCUGGCACAGCUUCUUUCUGUCUUAUCUAAUGAGGUUUUGAAUUCCUCACAGAGAAGUUAUUCUCUCCUAAUGUGUUCAUACAGUUCCUAGCACAAUAGGGGCCUAAUAUCAGUUGGGACCUCUACUUGCUGCUGCAAUAAUAAUUUUAUGAGCAGCCUUUCAUUAAGAUCCAUUGCUACUUAAGAAACAGCUGCUGUGUCACUUUAUAAGACUGUUGACUGCUUUAACUCCCUCUGCUCCAGAAACAAGGAUUUGAUCUUCCCUGUAAAAAUGAACAUGGGUAAAAUAGGCUGAAGCAUGAACAAAAAGGCAAGCUUGCUAUCAAAUGGGAAAAUUCAGAAUCAGAACACCUGAGACUUCCAGAAACUAAAAUUAUAUGAAACAACACUGUCCUCACCUUGCUGGAGAGGUGCAUUAGAAUUCAUCCAUCUUCACUUAAUUAUUUUCUGUUGUCUUUCAAUGGGCACCUCACUCACUCAGCACAGAUCAGAGCUAGUAAGCGGGACACAGGUGUGUCCCAUUGAUGCUUUUCAAUCUUAAUAUGGGAAGCAUUUAUUAUGAUGACAAACAACACAGAACACCCACCUAUUCCUGAUUUUUUUUUUCUUUCCCUCAAUUAAAAUACAAAAGAAGCCCGUUAGGACAUGAAGAGCUUAUAGUUAAUGAUAGUCACAGAAGUAGUGAGGGGGCAAGAAAUACAAAAGACCAAAAGUCAGGAGAUAAGACUGUUUUUUUUCCCCUACCUGUUAUCCCAAGAGAGUGUGAGGGCUCCCUGGGGCCCCACCUGAAGAUGCUGGCACAUGGAUCUCUUGCAUGUCAUCUGCAAGCUCUGGCCAUUUCACCUGAAAAAGGCUUCUGCAAAUGCAGACAAGUAAAAUAUCCCUGCUCUUCUGUGCUCUCUGCUUAGCCAGCUGCCUCCAGGAAGGGCUGCAGUAAGUAUUUAUUAGAGGGACUUCAGGUAAAGCAAGCAUCUGCCAAGGGUCCUGAAAAGGAGUAAGACAAAGGUCCUGGAUGGUAAAGAAAAUUGUGGUGGCUACAUUGACAUUUUUAUAUUCCACUCCAUUUCAAUUUCACUGUUCAAAUGUUUAGGAAAUUGCUUUAGAUCAGCUCCCAGUCUGUGAAGACACAGUAAGAUGCACCUUUCACACAAGUGUAGCUACAACAACAGACAAGUCAAGUUGUUGUAGACCUACUGUGAAGCAACAUGUGGGGGGGACAGAAGUCUGUAGUUAAGUAUUCUCUUGCUGGUGAAUUAGCUUUUUAAAGGUUGCCUGGACUUUCCAGAGGCUUUUCUAAGCUACUGACAGAGAGAAAUUAUGGUAAGUAGGAAACAGUUACAGUCAGUUAGGAAAAAAGAUAAAAAACCUAAUUACUUGAAAACUAGGGUCUAUUGUAUCAGUGAUACUUCUGUAAUGUCCUGCAUAAAGACUUCAUUGCCCUUAAUUUUUUUAUCUACAAGGAAUAGCAAUAAUGAGAAAGUGUUACUGUCGUUACAUCAGGAGAGCUGUUCCAGAUCUAGGGUUGCUCUAAUCAGAGCAGAGCACAUUGGAAGCAGGGUAGGCUGGACUCCUCACAUCCUUGUCCCAUUUAACAAAUAGGGAAGUGGAAGCAAGGGCACCCAAGUCAUUCCCAAACCAGGCCAGAGAAAUGUGAGAGGUGCAUUUCUCAGGCUUGGGUUUCUUGCUGAGAUACUCCACGGAGGAAUGGGAGUCUGUGUGGCUAGGGAUGAAGGGGAGCUGGAGUGAGACAUCCAGGGAAAUUUGGAGCAGCUGGUGCCCAAGAAAUCUCAUUCUGGGAGCCGAUGCAAUAGUUUUGUGGUAUCAGCAGGUUGUAUCUGGCUGUUUCCUGGCAAGCCCAUGCUCAGAGAUGGGCACUGGGAAGCAAUUUCUGCCAAUGCAAACAGAAGCUGGGCUGACUGCCACCCAGGCAGGGAGUGAACAAAAGGGCUUGUCAGCAGCAUUGGGGGAAUGUUGUAGCUGUAGAUGGGAUAGCGGAAUCUGAAAACAAGGGGCAGACACAGAAAGAAAUGGAGGAAGAGCAACAUAUAAUAAAAAUGAGAGACCUGGAAUGAGCGACCUGAAACUAGACAAAGGAGGGAUGAAGCAGAAGUUCAUCUAUGUGUAGCUUCGUCUGCUUAAAAGUAGCCCAAAGGCAUUAGUUCAUUACACAGAGUUCCUUCAAUGAAAUAAGUAAGCUGACUUAGCCCUCACUCAGAAACCUGGGGAAAUAAAUUCACUUGUUGCUCUUUGUAUGGAGACUUAGGAGCACUUCAGGAUCACAGACAAGCCAAGAGACUAAGGACCACAGUCAGAUUAACAGAAAGCAUAGAAGAACAGUCAGCUUGAGGCUAUCCAACUACUUGAUAUAGAACCCAGUGAUUAAGAACAUAAGAAAUAGGCUACAGGGCCAGACUGCCUGUGACAGGACUAUAUCUUUGACAGAGAAACUAGGAAAUGUUUUUCGGGGAGGGCCCGAUUACUUCUUUCCAGACUGCUCUCCUCACAUGUCCCCAGCAGCCACAUAUGUUGGGUAUGGGAUAUCAGAGAGUAUGUUUCUGCCUGUCCCUGUUAGCAUCUGUUAAUGUUACAGAAUCACAGGAAGACAGGUUGAGAAAUACCUCUUGAAGUCAUCUAAUCCAACAUGCUCAUCAGAGGGACUAUCCUUCCUUCUUCUCCAUUAACGUCUAAUCCUUUUUGUGCCCUCCUACCGUAACCUUCCGCUAUUACAAUACCUAUGGAAAGAAAGUUCAGAAAUUCACUGUUAUCCUUGCUGUGUGAACUAUCAUGUGUUGUCUGUUUUAAACUGUUCUCCUGCUUUUGAUAAAUUGUUUCCAGUUCUAGAACUGCAGGAUUUGAUGCAAAAGAGGUCUGUAUUUGCCUUCUCCACCACUUGCCUGAUUUUAUAACACUAAGGAUCCUGGUAUCUCCAAAGCAAAGAGUCCCAGCACUUUUAGUCUUUUCUCUCCAGGCAGUUUCUCCAUCCCUUUAAUCUUUUCCACCCAAAUCUACAUGAAUGCCACCAAAGCUUUCUGGGUUUUCAACUUUGUAAAUCAGCCCAGACCCCUGGAAUUUUUAACAAUAUUGGAAAGAAAUGUACAAAGUCAGCUUUAUUGUAACUACUCAUUUCUGCUGCCAUUCUCCAAUUGCCUGAGAACCUCUUUGAUGAGAAAUAUUCUAGAAGAGUCAAGAGUCCUUAUGAAUUUUGAGCAGAAUCAUCAUAGCUUGCAAAGAAAUGCUCUGCCUCCAAUUCUUUUCUCUCUUCUGAGUCUUUUUUUAAAGUUCAACCUUCGCAAAAUCCAAAUUUUACUCAACUAUAAACAUCUCUCUGUCAUCACUGGGAGUGUCAUCGGCAAGGUAUGGUCUCUCCUCCUUAAACAAAUCAUAAAAAAAAAAAAAAUCUGUGGAAGAAGGAGCAGACAUGGGUUUGACAAAAGACAUGGGACUAGAAGGAAGACAGGAGGAAGAGAGAGAGGUACAAUGAGAAAGAGAGAGGACUGAGGAGAAAAGCAGAAAUAGGAGCAUAGAGUCAAAUACAUGGGUGGCUGCAAAUAGGACAUCAACAGAGCAUCUGGUCAGAAUAGUUUGCAGAUCCUGGGUAGGACUGGCAGAUGGACACUCUCCCUAGGUGCUAUGUGACUGUGCAGACACUUCUGUUACUGUUUUCCCCUUGAAUUAUAGUUUUACUUUUUUGUUUUUAAUAUCAUAUCCUCUCAGAUUUAUUAUUUUUUUUGUGCUCAGUAUUGCAGCCAACCUGUCAGAUAAUGCUUCAGGGUCCACAAAGAGAGUCUUAGAGUCUCAGUGGGGUUAUUUAAGCAAGAGGAUGUGUUGGUCUUCUGCUAGGCAGCUAGCAGUGUGAGAUUGCAGCAAAUUCAGUACAAGAGGGAUGGUGUUAACACAGUUAAGCAUGAAUUUAGACAUGUCACUGUUAAUCCCUAGAUUAAGAAAAGGGAAGGAAAUGUGUCAAAAUAAUAAAGUACCUAUUAAAAAGGCUGUAGAGACAGACACUGAUCCAUAGUUAGCACCAAUAGAUGACAGAACGUUGUCAGCGAAGCGUGAGCUGUCAUCUGGCAAUGUUCUGUUCUGCAGAAACCAGAUGAGUUAGGGACUUAUGUCAGACUCGCUGGGGAUUUCCAGACACUGAAAGAAAGAAAUAAUGAAAGCAAAUAUGGAACAAAAAUAAAAGUGUUUCUUUUUUAAAUCCUCACCAUAAUUUGGGAUCUUUAGGACUUUCUCCUUUUGUUCCCUCCUCUGGGUUCACAGGGAGAAGCAAUGAUCAAGCAGGGUGAAAUUGCUGUCCCAGUCACUGAAGCUCUUUAGGGGAAUAAAAUUACUCUCUUUAGAUAAUACAAGGAAAGAGGUUCUCAGAGGAAGGCAGGUAGGAACCUCAAAAGUUUAAGACAGCUGGAGAGACUCAGAGGCCAAGUGAAACACAGGGCUUCUCAGGCACUAAUCCCAUGCUGCUAGAUUUAGUUUGUUAGCUAGCAGCACAUAUGUGAAACUCUGGCUCACGUUGCUGCUUAAUUUUUGUUAGUGGUUAUGCUUUCCAGAGUGGAAAGGAGAGUUUAUAACCUGGUUUUUAAAGAUGCCCUAGGAUGAGCCCACCAUCCCCUCUGGGAGGGUUGUGGGAGAGCUGUGUUAAAGCCCAGGGCAGCAGGAGGCAGAUGGUGGUUGGGGCCAGUGCCUGAGCUCUGCCCAACUUCUGGAUGGCAUCCGUGGUACCAGGAAGAGCUCAGAAAUCACUAAAUUAAAAAAAAAAAAAAAAAAAAAAAAGGUGUGUGUGGUAUUUUUUAAAAAAUUGCCUUAUGGUUUUGAGCCUCGUUCAAGAUUUUCCAUAGCAGCAGGAGGUCUAGGAACUUAGCUGGAUGUGUGGCACCACACAUCAUACAGCAUUAUACAUGCUUGGGCAUAAGGUCCAUGGUAAAAUGAAAGAGGAACCUACCCACCUCUCUUUGGUAUGGCUGAAGAAAUGACUGCUUGCUGUCCUCUGAAGCUGUCUUUUCCCAGCAUUCAUUAACACUUUUCAAUCACCUUUCACUCCUCAAAUAAAAGGGUUUUUUUCUGAUCUCUUACUAAAUGUUCUAGGAAUUUUCUUCUCCUUUCUGUGCAUCUAUGUUCAAAUCUGCUUGUACUGUUCAAAAUAAGGUUAUGUGUCUAUUGGUGUUUUAAGGUAUAAACUUGAUUUCUGAUUAUUUUUAUAGCUUGGGUUCUUAAUUAUAUUCCUCCAAGAGAAACAUUUCAAGGAUAAAGAUUAAUUACUUUUAAUGUUGCUUCAUAUUUGUUAUGCUGCAUAUAAUGCUUGUUUUAAGUAAGUGGGAACAGGUGUGUAACAAUUGAUUAGAUUAAAUUAAACAAGCAAGUAGGGAAUGAAAUGCACAUGGCUAUUUUAAAGGAGAGAUAUUGUAAACACUAAUUAAGCAGCUGGAAAUCAAUAACCACACAAAACUAUUCCCUCUUCUCAGUUUUAUGAGAUGGAGGAAACCCUGAUGUUUUCCAUUAUGACAUUGUUAUUUAUACCUUGCUGUGGUAUAAAUAAGAGAUGCCCAUAACCAGUUCAGUCAUGAUAUGGAUACAGCCAGCUAAAUUUUUUACCUAGGCCCUUCUGAAAUGUUGUAGAGGGCUAUGAAGGCUCAUGUAGCACCACUUUGACACUGCUUCUUAAUUCCCUGAAGGGAGAGUGACUUUUCUAAAAUGAACAAUUUUCAGAACUAAUUAGCCAAAAAUAAUCCUCCAUUCCCCUUCUGGCUAAAAUUAAGUCCUUUUAUAUAAGAAAAUGGAUCUUCAGCACCUUUCCAGUGCUGCAUCAUUGUGUAAGACUACUGUAAAUUUUGUGUGUACACGAAUAAAAUAAAGUAAGAAGAGAAAUGGAUUUGCAAAAUUCUCCAAAGGCCUCAGUAUUCAUUUCUGCUCUUAGUCUCCAUUAGCAUUGACCUUCUUAGUCAAUAGAUGUGCUUCCUGCAGAAGCACAGACAGGCUCUUGAGUUUUGCAACUAAAAUAUGUUUGGCUUUCUACUACUACUGCUAGCAGAAGUCAACACAGCGAAGCUAGAGCAAGCAGCUCCUUUCCUGUCUGUCUUGUGCAAUCCUGUGCAUGGCUGCUUACAAAGGUCCUAGCCACAUGCUGGCCCACGAGCAGCAAUAAAAAUCCAAGGGUAAUGUUGGAUGCACAGCAGACCCUCUGCCUCAUGGGGCUGAUUUCCCAAAUCACAGAAUGGUUAGGGUUGCAAGGGAGCUCUGGAUAUCACCUAGUCCAACCCACUCUUCUCUCACCAUACUGGUCAAGGAAGGGGUUUCCUUGUACCCUGUGGAGCAGAGCCUUUGCUGGCUGGGGAGAGGGAACAGGUCCUUCUACUCAGAAACUGGUGGCCAGCCCUGCCUGCUUAGCAUUUACAUUCACAAAGCCUGGCUCUGAUUUCUGUGGUAGAUCAUUAAAAAAAAAAAUUAAAAAAAAAUGUGUGUGAGAAGAGGAAAGAGUUGCAGUCUUCUCAUUUUGCCUGUACAAGCUCUGGGGAAGAUGUAUGAAACUGGUUCCAUCUCUAGCCCAUGCACAUCAUGCUCAGGUGAUCCUCAACCAAGACUGGGUGUAUUUUAGGGACAGGAGCAAGACAUGUCACAGGGUCUGGAUGGAUGCAAGCUUCUGGAUGGAUGAAGCUGUUCCACUUGAUGUAGAUAAUUAGAAAUGCACUGGAACUGUGCCCAUCCUUCCCUUACCACAUCUUCCUACCACCAUCAUCUCGUCCCCUUGCUGCUCUGACAGGGAGGUUGUAAAAAUCCCACUCCUGAGGAGGAGGACUUGGAGGGGCACCAGAGGGACCAGGGAGAAAAAGAGUCUCUUCUGUCUCCUGGCUUUACAGUUAUGGACCUGCAGCUUUUAUUUUGGAUUGUAAGCACAUGCAGAGGUUUAAGUGAAAGACCGGAUUUCCUAUCGCUGGAGCACCUUCAGCAGGAACCU